UCCUCAUAUAAAGCUGGCUGCUCUUCAGUUGAUAGCAUUCAGCUAUCACAGCUCCAAUCACUAAGCUCUAAACAUCUGCCAGAAUCCAUUUACCAGGAUGAAGAAGCUCAUCAUUGAUGUGGAUGCUGGGGUGGAUGAUGCUAUUGCCAUCAUGAUGGCCCUCUCCACACCUGAUGUGGAAGUUUUGGGGAUCACCUGCUGCUAUGGCAACACGUCUGUGGAGAAUGUCCUCAGAAAUGUCCUUCGUGUCCUGAAAGUCUGCGACAGGCUGGAUAUUCCAGUGUACCGUGGCUGCUCAAAGCCUUUGGUGGACCAUGAAAACCAUGCAGAUAAUUUCUUUGGAUCAGACGGGUUUGGGGACGUUCCAGAUCCACACGCACCAAGCCUGGAUCUGGUGCAGCAGAAAAAAGCCAAACAGGCCAUUGUUGACCUUGUGAACGCAAAUGAUAAAGAGGUGAUCCUCAUAUCCACUGCCCCCCUCAUGAACCUGGCUGCAGCAGUGCAGUUGGACCCUUCCUUGCCUAAAAAGCUUAAGGCGCUCUACAUCAUGGGGGGAACCAUUGAAGCCAGGGGUAACAUCACAAUAUGUGGAGAGUUUAACUUUGUGUGUGACCCAGAGGCUGCUUACAUCGUGUUGGACCGCUACACAUGCCCAACCUACAUCGCUACCUGGGAGUUCACCUGCUGGAACUGCCUGCCAUGGUCUUUCUGUGACACCUGCAUUAUGCUUUCUGAGGGACAACAGUGUGGGCGGUUGGCGAAUUCAGCUUACUUAGCCGAGGUGCCUCUGACCUCCAGAGCCUCCGACAUUUCUGCAUUUGUCACACCCGACCAUUUCAUGCAGUACACCGUGAUGGCGUUUGGCAUGAAAAAUGCUCUGGCCUCAUUUCAGCGUUUAAUGCAGCUGGUGUUGGGGGAUGUGCCUCAGUGUAAUUUGUGCUUGGAUGAUGUAGUGAUAUACACGGACACGUGGGAAGAGCAUGUGGCCAUCUUACAAUCAAUGUUUCAGCGAUUGGCCGAAGCCUCGUUAACUCUAAAUCUCGCUAAGUGCGAGUUUGCCAAAGCGACAGUCACGUACCUGGGAAAGCAGGUGGGUUUUGGGCAGGUUCGCCCGGUGGAGGUAAAAGUCGAGGCUGUCCUCAGCUACCCGGCCCCAACCACUAGGCGGGAGCUAAAGCGGUUCUUGGGCAUGACUGGAUACAAUCGCUGUUUUUGCAAGAACUUUGCAGGAGUUGUGGCCCCUUUGACGAAGCUAUGUAGCCCCCAAAUCCCUUUUGAGUG